AUGCAACUCACGUUCGUAAUCGGCGUCUUUGCCAUUGUCCCGGCAGUUUUGGGUGCUCCUAUCUUGACUAAAGACGAGGCCGCGCCAGCUCAACUUCAAAGCAGAAUUCCUGCCCCAAGCGAGCAAGUUUCGAGUAUGAUCUUGGCCUACAACGACGAUUUGUCUGUGCCGGAAUCGGCAGAUGUGAUCCCUAGGGCGGCUGUUGCGAGCGACAAGGUUCUGAACAUGAUUCUUGCCUAUAAUGAUGAUUUGUCCGAUGCGGAUAAAUAG